AUGAUUCACAACUGUUGGCGGACUUGGAGCAAGGAUUGCGGAAUCGAUUGCCUCUGAGAGCUUCUGUUAUCAUGGCUAGACAUUGAUGCUGCAUUUCUAGUUCCCAAAGGUUUCUGGAUGAGUCAUCCAGGAAUUCGGGUUGUGUGGAUAGGCUUCUCUAGUUAAAAUUGCGCGCCAGGAAUUGAAUUCCGCUAUCUCAGGCGUAGAUAACAGCUCUUUCGACCAGCCAUUCAUCACAGGCAAGCGUCGUACCGAAGUAGAUUUGCCGUGAAAUUCAGUUUACGGUAGGCAUUCACUGCUGUGAGUCGCUUCUUCUAGUCUAGUGAAAUCUCCGUCAAAAUGGCGCGAAAAGUUUCGCAAGUAGCCGGCAUUCUAGACAUCCAUAUCAUACAGGCCGAGGGGCUUCGCGAGCUAUGCGACUAUGGACCCCAGGACGUGUACGCGAGAGUGCUGUGCGGCGAACGCGACGACAUUGGGCGAGUGGCUCUGACCACGAAAACCAUCAAGUCUGGCGGGAACAACCCCAUCUUCAACCAGCGACUGCAGGUGGGCGUGCCGGAGCGCGAGACGGAGGUGAAGUGCGAGAUUUGGAUGGCCAGCCACCAUCGCGGCACGACGGACGAUCAGCUGCUUGGCUUCAUCCAGAUUCCCAUCAGGGACAUCAUGGACAGAGGCAAAGCCGGCGAUCAGGAAUUUUACCUGAGGGCCUUCGACGAAGUUGGUAACCUCUUCGCCAGCUCCGCGAAAGUUCGCAUCUCCCUCUCGUACCACCCGCGACCAGGAAGCGGCAGCAGCAGCGCAACCCCCCCUGGCGGAAGCACCCCCGCCUCUAAGCCACGGGGAACGCCCUCCAGCGCAAAGGGGAACAUCCUUGGGCGCGCGCUCACCGCCGCGUUCUCGCGCAUUUCCGCGGAGAAGGCCGCGGAGAGGGCGGCGGAAAAGGGGGCGGAAAAGGGCAGCGGCGGCGGCAGCGGCGGCGGAAUCUCAGGCACACCCGCAGGAACCCCCAUCCGCGCGCAUUCGCUCUCCCGCAUCCACCCGGAGACUUUCAGCAGCAGCGGCGGAGGGGGAAUGCCAGGGGGAACCCCUUCCGGAACACCUGCGCGCAUCCCCAGAGGGGAGGUGGGGGGGGGUUCCGCAGGGGGAAUGACACCACUGGGCACUCCAGGGGGGAUUCUGCACGGUGCUGCGGCUACUCUGGUAACUACACCUGGAGAAACACCUGGGAGGGCGCCUGGAGGAGCGCUAGCGAGCUUACGACUCGCUAGUUUGACGUUCACUCCUGGGAGCCAAACGCGGGAGCCCAUGUCCUCCCAGGUCCCCAGCUCGCUGCAGCGGUCGCGGCCCAUGUCGCCACGGUCGCCGGCGUCGCCCAGGUCGCCCAUGUCCGAGGUGCGCGACGGCCUGCGACACGGGCUGGACCUGGUGCAGGCGCUUCGCGAAGUUACCGAAGGCGGCGGGGGCAAAUUCGCGAGCGCCAGUAACAAGAAGCGAAAGUCGAAAUCGGGGCCGUUGAGCGUGAACCAUCCGUAUAUGAUGGAGGUGGUGGAUCUACAGCGCAAGCACAAGUAUAAGGCGAAAUCCGGCCCGUUAUUCGAUAACGGAGACGGCUAUGACGGGGAUGGCGGGGGCUCCGGAACCUGCAGCCCGUACAGCGCCCGCCGCCCCGCGUCGUCGUCCCCCCCGCGGCACGUGCGCAAGAUGAUCCUCCCCCACCGCUCCGCCACUCCGCCCAUGUCCUUCCGCGAAGCUCCGCAGCCCCCCCACUCCGGGGGGGGAUUCAUCCUCGGUAGAAGCGCCCCGCUAAACCCAGAAGCGCUGGAUUUGUGGGAAGGGAGAGAACCCCCGCCAGGGGUAUUUACGUCGCGAUCCGGGCCGCUUAGACUACAGGGAAAUUUCUCGGGGUAUAGACCGACGUCCGGGCCUCUACCCACCACGACGUCUUUAUUAAAGAUGGAGUCUCUAGAUACUCCGCCGACUCUUCCGCCUCCGCCGUCGCUGCGCGCAAUGCGGAGGGGAGGGGUAGCGGGGAGCGGGCUGUUCUCGCAUUCGAUCGUUAGCGGGAGUGCUCAUAGCGGGGUUGCAUUGAGCGGGGGUGGCUUUAGCGCGGGAGCGGGGAGCAGUGGAGGCGGGGGGAGCAUGCAGGAGACGAACAGCUCGGGUGGCUGCCACGUGGGAUCCACGGGCGAUGACGUGUCAUCUGGUACGGCAGGCUCGGGCAUGGCGGGUUCGGGCAUGGCAGGCUCGGGGAUCACAGGCUCGGGAAGGAUGCUUCGGCGGCAGGGGUCUGGCGGCCGGCAAGGGCUGGGGUCGCAGCAAGGGUUUGGCCGGCAAGCAAGGGGUAGCGGAGGGACGGGGGGAAGCGGCGGUACGGGGGAACCAGGAGGCCCGAUGGCGGGCGGUUUUGGCAGCUUCGCUGGCGGGUUUGGGGCGGGCGGAUUUGGAAGCUUCUCCAGCCUGGCUUCUAACGGGUCAGUUAAGGCCCCGCUACAGUCACAAGGCAGCUUCAGUGCUUCUAACGGUGCGCUUAAAGGCGCGAGUUUUUCCGCCAUGGGAGCGGCAGGAAGGUAUAUGGGAGCCGAAGAGGUAGAGGGGGGAGUCUAUGCGGCAGGGGGAAGCUUAGAGGCGGAGAAUGACGUGGAGGGGGUGGGGAAUGACGUGGCACUGUUUCUGCCUGAGGGGCGAACCUUCGAGGAAAUGCUGAUGGAGGAGAAAGACAUGGGGUUAGAGCAUGGGAUCGCUGUUGCUGCUGACCAAGACAUGGGGUUGGGUGGGACCCACAUGCUCAUGGAAAAUGGCAUGGGGCUGGGAAACGGAGGCAUGGGGAUGGAAAAUGGAGGCAUGGGGCUGGGAAGCGAGGGCAUGGGGUUGGGAAACGAGGGCAUGGGGUUGGGAAACGAGGGCAUGGGGCUGGGAAGCGAGGGCAUGGGGUUAGAGAACCAUAUGCUUAUGGACGCAGCUGGGGCGCUGGAUGUUUUCCCCCUGCCCAUGCCGGAAGGGUUUGAUACCAUGGGGUGGGACGAGAUGGAGGUGACAGGGGCGGGGGAUGUAUUGGCGGGGGGAGGAGGAGUGGCGGAAGGAGGGGGGGCGUGGGGGGUCAUGGUCAAUCAAUCUGUCCCUCAGCAGCAGCAGCAGCAGCAGCAGCAGCAAAUUCAGUACCACCAGCACGAGCAUCAGCAAAUCCAGUACCGGCACCAGCAGCUACAGAGUGUGCAACAACAGCAUCACGAGAACCAGCAGCAACAGCAGCAGAACCAGCACCAGUUUCAGCAGCAGCUGCAGCAGCAACAGCAGCAGAAGCAGCAGCAGUAUCAGCAGCAGCAGCAGCAGAGCCCUGGUCCCAACCAGCCCACCAUCUCCAUACAAGCACAUGCUCCUCUAGGUGCUCUUGUGCAUGCGCCAUCCCAUGCCCACAUGCAUGCCCCACCUGAAAUACCACCUGAACCAACACCUGCAGGUGCCGUUUCGCAUCCGCUUGUCGCAGCAUCCUCGUCCUCCACCCUCUCCUGCGGAUACAACCCACUCAAGAAAUCGCCGGGACGGAACAAUGCCCAUGCAUCAGGCUCACAUACGCCCGUGGCAGCAAGGCUCUCAGCCGAGCAGAAGCUGUGGCAGCGGCGGCAGCAGCAGGCGGCAGGAGGGGCAGGUGGCAGGCAAAGGAAGCACGGGGGAGGUGAGAUGCUACCUCUGAUUGACACGGGCAUGAUCAACGAGGGGGGGAUGUGUGGAGGGGGAGGAGGAGGAGGAGGGGAUGAUAGAGGGGUUGUGUGUGGGAGUGGUGACAUGGGAGGGGCGGCAGUUGGUGCGGAGAUGGGUCAGGAGCAGUAUGAGCCACAGCAGCAACAGCAGCAGCAACAGCAGCAGCAACCACAGCAACAGCAGCAGCAACCACAGCAGCAGCAGCAGCAGCAUUAUCAACCUCACCAGCAGUCCCCACAGCAGCAGCAGCAGCAGCAGCAGCAGCAGAUGAGCCCCCAGCAGCAGUGGAAUCAGGAACAGGUGCCACCGCCACCUCAGACCGGCUGGCCACGUCAGCCACCCAUUGCCAGGCAGCAGAUCUUCCUGCAACAAAUGGCUCAGGCACAGGCACAGGCGCAGCAGCAGCAGCAGGACCAGCAGCAGCCACUAUCACUAGCAACGCCAGCCCCAUCCCAAGCUGCAGUAAGUGCAGCAGUCGCAGCGGCAGCGGCAGCAGCCAUGUCAGGCAUUAACCUGUCUGGCACUCAAAGCCAUGCGCACGGGCAGGCACAGCGACAGACACAGGGGCAGGCACAGGGGCAGGCAUUUCCAGGGGUGCAGGUGCAGCACAUGCAAGGUUCACAGCAGCACCCACCACUGCAACCGCAGCAGCUAUCCGCGUUGCCUCACGCCAGCACCUAUGAGUGUAGCAACAGCCACCAGCAACACAGCCUGGAGGCAGGCCAAGUGAGUGGCUUGCAGACCGGCGACACAAUAGUUCUGAGCGAUACAGACGAAGAGAUGGACGCCGUUCUUCGCUCCAUCAUCAAGCCAAAGAGCAGCAGCAGAGAGGGGGGUGGUGGCAGCGAUGGUGCUGACUUAAGCAAUAGCGUGGGUGGUAAUAAUAUCAUCGGCAGCAGCGGUGGUGGUGGUGGUAACAGCAGCUGCAGCAGGAGGAGGAGCCUGUCGGCAUCCAAGGUGAUCACCAUCAGCAGUGCGGCUCUUCAGGAACAGCAGCAGCAGCUGCAGCAGCAGAUGGAAAUGGCAUCCAUGGCCCCGUUUCCCCACUCCGUCUCCACUUCCUCCCUGCCACAUCACCCUCCAGUCAGCCCAGUCAGCCCAGUCAACGCAGUCAGUAUGAACCAGCAGUUAAAGGCUGGCUCCUUGGAACAGCAGACACAGCAGACAGAGCAGAACCAGCAGCAGCAGCAGCAGCACCACCACCACCACCACCAGCACCAGCAGCAGCACCACCACCACCAGCGGCAGCAGCAGCAGCACCAGCAGCAGCAGCAGCAGCUCUACGGAUUGAGCAUUGUAGCGGAUCCAGCAGCAGCAGCCUCAGUGGAGGGGCUCGGGCAGCCAUUCUCCCCUCCCUCUGACGUCCCACCCUUCAGUGCUUUCGACGGUGCUCUUUCCAACCCAACACCAUCGGCAUCAGCAGUUGCAACACCAACCGCUGCCAGUGGCGUUGGUGGUGGUGGUUGUGCUGCUGCUGGUGGCAGUGGUAGGAGGGGUGGUGGUGUUGGCAUUGGGGGCGGGAUUGGCAGGUCUGGUUUGGGUGCUGGUGUGGAUGCACGUGGGGGCAAUGUUAGUGGCAAUCUUUUGCAACAGCAACAAUCGUACCACCACCAUACCCAUAACCAGCAGCAGCAGCAGCAGCAGCAGCAGCAGGCGAGUCAGCAGGGGGGUCAGCAGGAGGGGCAAGUGAUGGGCAUGUGGAAAGUAUAUGAUAACCAGCUGCUCUCUGAGAAUCAGCUCUUCUCCCAAAACCACCUGCCAUCGCCCUCUGUCCCUUCUCCUGGGUUUGGCAUGGCAGCAGGAGCAGCAGCAGGGGCAGCAGGAGCAGCAGCAGGGGCAGCAGCAGCAGGUAGCCCCUUACAUAGAUCCAGGGGGGUUGGGCGAAGGACGAUUGGAGGAGUCGGAGGAGGUAUUAUUGGGGGAGGGAUAGGAGGAGGGAUCGGCAGUGGGAUAGGAGAUGAGGCUGCUGCUGCUGCUGUGGCAGCUGCUUCUCCUGCACCUGCAGUAGCACCAAUGGCCGCGAUGCAGUAUGCUUGAGGGGGCCGUCUGUGUGUGCGUCUCGUUGUACUUUGCCUACCAGAAUAGCCUCGAGUAUUUAAGGUCGCUUGAGAAAGACUUGCCAUGGAGGAUGAUUUGGGCCUGUAGUGCAGGUUACGAGGGAGGAAAAAAGUAGUUGCCUGUGGAGCGAUGGCGCCACACAUCAGCGUUUGCUUUGCUGCUUUACUCCAAGCUCAAGAGUCAAGGCAGGCUGGGUUAGAUUCCAAACAAUUUGGAAGAGCAGAGUUAAUUGGUAGACUAGAGCAGGGUCUUGCGAAUUGCUAGAAAGCCAGGGUUGCUUUUCUGUUUUGGAUUUUUUAGGAAGCUAGUAAUAUUUGGUAUGCAGUGCACUAUGCAAGGCACAUUAGGGAUCUGCGAGAUGGAACGCAUUAUUAAUAGUCC